CAACACAAAAAUGAAAACUCAAUUUUCAAUAACUCUUUAUUUCCUAAUGAUUCUUUUAAAACCAUUAUUUUCCCAUAAAAAGUGCGAUUUAUUAGGUGUAAAUGAUAUCUUGAGUACCUCUAUUAAUUUAAAACAUUGUUCUCUUAAUAAAAUCAGUUUCGAUAAAAAAUUUAAAGACGUGCAAAUAUUAGAUGUGAGUUUUAAUGAUUUAGAAGAUGUUAAUAACGUUUUUGAGUAUUUAAUUAACGUGAAAAGCCUCGAUUUAAGCCAUAAUAAAAUUAAAAAACUCCCCGAAAUCAUUAAUUUAACAAACUUAACAACUUUCCAUUUAAAUAACAACGAUAUUAAUUAUUUUAACGAAAAAGUGUUUUCAAAGUUGGAAAAUUUAAAAAGUUUGAGGCUAGAUAUUAACGGGUUACCCCCGAAAUCCUUUCAAACCUUAAUUAACUUGAAUAAUUUAAUGUUAAAUGUAACGAGCGUUUUAAAUUUGACUUCAGACGUGUUUAAAAACAAUAAAUUAUUGAACCAAAUUAAUAUUUACGGCGGAAAAUGCAUCUUUUAUAAAGACUCUUUAAUUUCGCUGGAUAACUUGGUAACUUUAGUUGUGAAAAGUUGCAAAAUCGAUCGUGUCCCCAACGAAUUUUUUUUACCACUAAAAAAAUUAACGAAAUUGAAUUUAAUUCAUGUUGGGUUAAAUAAUUGGGAUGAUUUUGCGGGGUUACAAAACUUGCAAUUUUUAGAUCUAACCGGGAAUGAAAUCAUAAAUUUGUCCCCUUCAAACUUUAAUUUGCCAUCCUUAAUCGAUUUGAACCUAUCAAAAAAUAAUAUGAAAUUAAUUUCACCUAAAUCCUACUUUAAUACGCGAAAUUUAAAAGAACUUAACCUAAAAUUAAAUAAUUUAACCGAAAUUUCCGGGUUGGACCACUUAAUUAAACUUGAAAAGAUUAAUUUGAGUUACAACAACAUUUCGAGAUAUCCCAAUUUGGGUCAUAUCGUUUCGUUAAAAGAGAUUAUAUUAAAAAAUAAUAAUUUACAACAACUAUCGCUUAACUCAAUUGGAUUCCCGAAAAAAACAAGAUUAUUUGAAAAAUUCAUCGAUGUCUCCAACAAUCAAUUAAAAAGAAUCGAAACUAACAACAUCCAUGCGAUUUUACUUGAAACCAACAUCGUUUUAAAACUAAAAAUCAACCGAAAUCCCUUUAAAUGCGACGAUUGCACCAUAUUCAACGCCCAAAAUCGCGCAAAUCUUCAUUUUGAAUACAACAAAAACGAAUUUUGCGACCCCCAACACUUAAAAUGUAAAUUAAUUUCCCACAAACAGCAUUAUGUGUGCUUAAAAAACUGUAAUUGUUCCUUAUUUCCGUUUAAUUCAACCCUCGAGAUGGAUUGUUCAAAUUUAAACAUAACCUCAACUCCAAAUAUCACCAAUUUCAAACCUUUCAAACUCGACGAUAUUGUUUAUAACAAUUUCUACGUUGAUUUAAGCGAAAAUUUGAUCAAAAAAUUCGUCGAAACCGACGGUUUUAAAAACGUAACCGGUUUAAAGCUUUCAAAAAAUAAUUUGGAGGUUAUAAAUUGGUUACCAAACAAUUUACAAAUUUUAGAAUUAAAUAAUAAUAAUUUAGAAUACUUAGAUUACACUAUCUUAAAGAAAUUAAAUUUAUCUAAACUUAAUCUAGAAUUAAAUCCGUGGUCGUGCGAUUGUAACGCACUUAACCUCACAAAAUUACUAAAAACCGAAUUCGAUUUAAUUUUAACGAACAAAACGAUUUUGUGUGGAAAUAAAAAGAAAUUUCUCGAGAUAACCGAAGAUUUAUGCCCCAAAAUCGAUCAAAAUCAUUAUUUAACCUCGUUUUUAAUCGUAACUUCGCUUGUAUUAACCAUAAUUUGUUACAUAACCUACAAAAAAAUUAAAAAUCAAAUUAAUUCGUAUUAUAAAAUAAGGAGAUACUCAACCGAGUUUAUUUACGACGCUUUUCUGUGUUAUUCGUAUAAAAACGAAGAUUACGUCUUGAAUUUGGUUCAAAAACUCGAAGAGGAAUAUAAAUUAAGGUUAUGUGUGCAUGCCCGAGAUUGGAUUGUUGGGGAAUUCAUUUCGAAACAAAUUGGAUAUUCAAUCGAAAAUUCGAGAAGAACCCUUGUUGUAGUUUCUAAUGAGUUUUUAAAAAGCGAUUGGGGGAAAACGGAGGUUAUUAUGGCUUACGAACGAUUUCGAAUUAACAGGGAACAUUUAAUUAUCGUUAUUUUGUUGGAUAAAGAUAAUGUUGAUGAUAUUCAAGACGACGAUUGGAGAUUUUACUUGAAGAAAGCUAGUUUAAUAUUGAAAAGUGGUCAAAAAGCUUUUUGGAAAGAACUAAAAACUUAUUUGAAAUAAUGUUUUAGACGAAGAACUACUUUAAACUUGAAUUUAGAGAGAAGAAUUAAUAAUUUAAUUAAUUAAUUAUUAAUAUUUAAGUAAAUAAAAAUUUUGAAUUUA